AUGGCAAACGACGUACAUUGGGCUAAUCUAAUUCGACAUUGGGCAGACAGGAGAGGAAUAGGGCAACAGGAUCAGUUAGAUUUAUGGGAUGACAUUAUGACCGUACUUGAGGCAUUUGUAAAGUUCUUAGAAACAUUUGAGAAGGAGGGCCAUACGCACACUUGGGCUACAUCGUGUAAUGAUGUUUCAUACGACGGUAAAGUGAUUCACAGGGGAUCCAGAAGACAGAGGGAGAAAACAACGUGCACAUUAAUGAUGGAGGCACUAUAUUUCAAGAAUGGCUGGACGGGUAGCACCAUGCAUGCGGGCCAUGACUGGGGGCCGGACAAUCCACUGCGGCAAUUUGUCAAGUGUGCCAUAGUCAGUAUAUAUAUGUAUUACUUAAUCGAAAUAAACUGUGGGGAUAAGACAGGUGUUGAGUAUGCAUUAAAAAUAAUGAAUGCGCUGGAGGAGGCUGCUCGGCUUCAGCAGGGCUUCGCGGGUACUAUGCCCGUGAAUGUAUGCUUAUGGGAGGGGCAUCAUCAUACGAAGAUUGGGCAGAAGAAUGUAAACGCUACAGUCAAAAGCUGGUUGAACGGGAAUGCAACCAUGUGGCAGAAGAUAAAAGAUUUAGAGAAAAAAGCAAACUGUACACAGGGAAAUACACAACACACACAGGGGAAAGGUGUACUUGACGAAAAAGAAAUCAAAGAUAAAAUAAUGGAAAAAAUGAAGAAGGUGCAGCAAGACGUAAAGGAACAGAAAGAGGGAAGAAGGAAUACAGCGAAAGAUCAAGUACAGGACCGGAAUAGCUUGCUCAGUCCAGAUCCGGCGAAGACUCAACCGGCGCCACCACCCGGCAAGGACUCCGUCGCUGCAAACCCAGGAACUACAGCAACGCCGGAAACCACACCACCACAGGGACCGCCAGGCAAGAACCCACAACCUCCUCCACAAGACGGUGGACCAUCAGGGACAGGUGCAGGCGGGCAAGGACCGGGUCAAGGGCCAGGACCUGGACAUCAACCCCCACCUCCACCACCACCCCCAUCCACAUCGUCCUCCGAAUCGGGAUCCGCAUGCCCGUCCUCACCGGACGAAACAAAGAAACCUGCAGGAACUCCAGGAGCAGGCACUGAACCGACACAGAAUUUAGAGAUACCUGAAGGCCAGGCCUCUAAUGGCCAGGAUGAUUCUUCCAAAACGAACACCACCGGUGUUGAUAAUACCCAUACUGACACAACAAAAGUUGUAGAUCCGGCACCAGUAACUACUGGUAACGGUUCCUCAGCCUCCGGUGGCAGUAAGCCUGAUCCACCGCUGGCCGACAAUACUGCUAAGGAUGAUAAAGCCCAUGAUGGGCAUACUGCCGCAUCCUCUCCCACGACACAACCAUCUCAAGAGUCCCAGCCCCCCAAGGCACCAGUUACCUCCACUGAUCCUGAUCAACAUGGUCACACACAUGACACAGGUUCCUCUGGUGCAGCUGGUCCUACGGGUCCAGGUUCUACUGGUACUGGCUCCACGGGCACUACGAAUCCACGUUCCUCCGGUACUGGUUCUACUGGUCACCAACCCCCUAGUCCUGUUCCUUCCCCCGGACGCAACAAUGUACAAAGCACUGGUUCCAAUGGAACAAAUGCGAACAAGGACCCUGGUUUAGAUUUAGACUUUAAACCACAUGCAGAUGGUAUCGGGGGAGCAUAUGGACCAAACGCUGCGCCCAUUGAUCCACAUAGGACAGUUAUAAGUGAACAUCCACCUAAGGGUCCCGGAGGUCCCGAUGGCCCCGACCUAACCGCGGACGUCCUUACCGCCACUACUCCGAUCCUGUUGUUCGUCGCUUCCGUCAUCGUGGCC